AUGGCUGUUCCCGCUAAUCGUGCCGUAUGGCAGGAUACGUUUGGCGUCCCAGGCGUGAUUCGGGACUGUUCGCUACCUACGAGUGACGGUCUAGGUCAUGACAAGGUGCUAAUCAAAGUCCACGCCUGGGCGAUCAAUCCAUGUGACCACAUGUUACAGGAUAGGAACAUGGCACAGUAUCCCGUCAUUCUAGGUUGCGACGUCGCUGGUACUGUCGAGGCCGUGGCUCCCGGCUCUGCGGCCACUGCCAACUUCAGCAUCGGCGAUCGUGUCUUUGGCUUCAAUUUCAACAAUGGCUUUCAGGACUAUGUGACCGUGGAGCACAAGUUGAUCGCCAGAAUCCCGAGCGGCAUGGAGUAUCGCGAUGUCGUUGGUUUCGGCCUCUGCAGCGCUACUAGCGCCAUGUUCCUUUUUGGAAAGAAUUAUCUACACCUUGAUAUUCCCCAGCUGGGCGCGGCGAAGAAGGAAAAGUCCGUCUUGAUCUGGGGAGGAAGCUCAUCUGUCGGCAGCAAUGCUAUCCAGUUGGCUGCGGCUGCAGGCUACAACAUUAUUUCCACCUGUUCAAAGAGGAAUUUCGAUUACGUCAAGGGUCUUGGAGCCGUCCAAGUUUUUGAUUAUAAUGAUCUCGGUGUUACUGAGAAAAUCGCCGCAGAGCUUGACAAAGGUGAGUGUGCCGGUAUUUUCAUGGCGGCCGGAUUGGAGGAUGGGAACGUCGCGGCGAUGAAAGUUGCGUCAGCAGUGAAACAAAAGGUCAAAUUUGCAUCGUCCAAUUUCAUCGCCAACUUGGAGGAUGUGCCUGAGGGAGUGGACAUUAAACAACUGACACCGGAGACGAUUGUGCCAUUCCCCAAGUGUUGGUUUGAAACGACCAAGGCCACCUUUGAGGGAUAUCUACCCGAGGCUCUGGCCAAGGUAGUCUACAAGGUUGCUCCUCCACCACUCGUCGUGAACAGGAAGGGUCUAGAAGGGAUCCAGGAAGCCAUCGAUAUCCAACGAGCCAUCUCCGAGAGGGGUCAAGAAGGAGUCAAGGAAGCUUUUGAACGGGCAGAGGAUGGCUUUAAACAAGAGAGAACAUCAGUCAUCAAGGUGGUAGUCGAGCGACCUUAG